AUGGCUCCUAAUUUUGUUCCUCAGAAAAUAUCAAGUAAUUCUCCAAGAGAAAAGUUUCCUUCUUCCAGAUUUUCUCUUUCUCCAGAUGGAGAAAUUUCUGUAGAUUCAAUAACCCUUUUGUCUGAUGUUCCUUUCAAUGUAACGCUUUCAAGUUUUGGUUCCGUCCCUCAUUCAUCUGAUACUGAUUCUUCUACCCCUCCAUACAUUCUAAAAUCUGUUCAAUCCAAAGCUAAAAAUGGUGCUUUUCUUGGCAUUUCUGUGAAAGAACCUCUUGACAGAAUAUUGAAUCCUAUUGGAAGAUUCAGUAACAGGAAGUUCUUGAGUAUUUUUCGAUUCAAGACGUGGUGGUCAACUAUGUGGAUCGGUUCGUGUGGUUCUGAUCUUCAAAUGGAGACUCAAUUGAUCCUUCUACAAGUUCCUGAACUUAACUCUUAUGUACUCAUUAUUCCUUUAAUAGAAGGAAGUUUUCGAUCAGCUAUUCAUCCUGGUGUCACUGGAGAAGUGGUAUUAUGCAUUGAGAGUGGCUCGACCAAAGUAAAGGGAAAUUCAUUCUCAUCAUGCACGUAUUUUCAUAUUGGUGACAAUCCAUACACUUUGAUGAGAGAUGCUUUUGCUGCAAUUCGUGUACAUUUGGGGACAUUUAGGUUGUUGAAAGAGAAAACACUUCCUAAAAUCGUUGAUAAGUUUGGUUGGUGCACUUGGGAUGCCUUUUAUUUAACAGUAGAGCCAGUAGGGGUGUGGCAUGGUGUUAAGAGCUUCGCUGAAAAUGGAAUCCCUCCUCGAUUCCUUAUCAUUGAUGAUGGAUGGCAAAGCAUCAACAUGGAUCACGAAAACCCCUAUGAGGACUCAAAAGAUUUAACAGGUUUGGGGUCCCAAAUGCUUUCCAGGCUGUACCGGUUCAAGGAAAAUGAGAAGUUUGCCAAAUAUCAGGCUGGUACCAUGUUAAGACACGAUGCACCAGGAUUCGAUCAAGAAAAGCAUGACAAGAUGUUUAAGGAAAUGGUGGAGCUUGCGGAGAAAAAGAAGGCCCUUGAGGCACGAGGUGGAGUCGAACCGGGCCUUCCCGAGGCAACGAUUAUAGAAUAUUUGAAAGAACAAGAAGGCGUCGAAAGAGGAGGGCUAAAGGCCUUAAUCAGUGACUUGAGGGAGAAAUUUCCAACUUUGGACGAAGUUUACGUGUGGCAUGCUUUAUGUGGAGCUUGGGGUGGGGUUAGGCCUGGAACAACACAUUUGAAUGCCAAGGUGACCUCAGCAAAAAUGACUGCCGGAUUGGCAAAUACCAUGUAUGAUUUGGCUGUUGUCAUGGUUGAAAAAGGCGGUAUUGGACUCGUUCAUCCAAAUCAAGCUGCAGAUCAUUACGAGGCUAUGCAUUCAUACCUUGCUGAUAUCGGUAUUACAGGCGUGAAAGUUGACGUUAUUCAUACUCUGGAGUAUGUCUGUGAGGACCAUGGAGGCAGAGUUCAGCUUGCCAAGGCAUACUAUGAUGGCCUAACUAAAUCCCUUAGAAAAAACUUUGCUGGAACAGGCUUCAUUGCUAGCAUGGAACAGUGCAACGAUUUCUUCUUCCUCGCUACAAAGCAAAUAUCCAUGGCGAGAGUUGGAUUCGAUCAAGAAAAGCAUGACAAGAUGUUUAAGGAAAUGGUGGAGCUUGCGGAGAAAAAGAAGGCCCUUGAGGCACAAGGUGGAGUCGAACCGGGCCUUCCCGAGGCAACGAUUAUAGAAUAUUUGAAAGAACAACAGGGUGUCGAAAGAGGAGGGCUAAAGGCCUUAAUCAGUGACUUGAGGGAGAAAUUUCCAACUUUGGACGAAGUUUAUGUGUGGCAUGCUUUAUGUGGAGCUUGGGGUGGGGUUAGGCCUGGAACAACAAAUUUGAAUGCCAAGGUGACCUCAGCAAAAAUGGCUGUCGGAUUGGCAAAUACCAUGUAUGAUUUGGCUGUUGUCAUGGUUGAAAAAGGCGGUAUUGGACUCGUUCAUCCAAAUCAAGCUGCAGAUCAUUACGAGGCUAUGCAUUCAUACCUUGCCGAUAUCGGUAUUACAGGCGUGAAAGUUGACGUUAUUCAUACUCUGGAGUAUGUCUGUGAGGACCAUGGAGGCAGAGUUCAGCUUGCCAAGGCAUACUAUGAUGGCCUAACUAAAUCCCUUAGAAAAAACUUUGGUGGAACAGGCUUCAUUGCUAGCAUGGAACAGUGCAACGAUUUCUUCUUCCUCGGUACAAAGCAAAUAUCCAUGGCGAGAGUUGGUGAUGAUUUCUGGUUCGAGGAUCCUAAUGGUGAUCCGAUGGGCACUUACUGGCUACAAGGAGUUCACAUGAUACAUUGCAGUUACAACAGCUUGUGGCAGGGACAAUUUAUUCAACCUGAUUGGGAUAUGUUUCAAUCAGAUCAUCUUUGUGCUGAGUUUCAUGCAGGAUCAAGGGCCAUAUGUGGCGGGCCAGUUUAUGUUAGUGACAAAGUUGGACAGCACAAUUUCGAUCUUCUAAGGAAGCUAGUACUACCCGAUGGGACGAUUCUCAGAUGCCAGCAUUAUGCACUUCCAACUAGAGACUGCCUCUUCGAAAACCCUCUCUUCGAUGGCAAAACAUUGCUUAAACUUUGGAACCUAAACAAGUUUGGUGGGGUGGUUGGAGUGUUCAACUGUCAAGGAGCAGGAUGGUACCCCGAAGAACACAAGUGCAAGGCUCAUCCAGAAUGUUACAAGACAAUGUCUGGUGUAGUGUCCCCAAAUGACGUUGAGUGGGAACAGAAGGAUUUCACAGCAGAAUUCCGGGACAACGAGCUUUUCGCAGUCUACCUCAAUAAAGCCGAAAACUUUUACCUGAUGAAAUUGAGGGAUGAAAUAAAAGUCACUCUCAAGCCUACUUCCUUCGAAAUAAUGACAUUCUCGCCCGUCUACAAAGUCACUGCAAAUGCUAAAUUCGCUGCAAUCGGACUUGUAAACAUGUUUAACGGUGGUGGAUCAAUUGAGUCCCUCGGGUACAGAUGCAAUGAGAACAAUUGUAAGGCAACGAUAACAAUCAAGGGGACCGGGAAAUUCUUGGCCUACUCGAGCAUUAAGCCAAAGAAGAUUAUGUUGAAUUAUGAAAGCAUAGAGUUUGAAUGGGCAAGUAAUGGAGUAUUGAAGUUUGAAGUGCCAUGGACUGGUGGAGAGUUAUCAGAAGCUCUUGUAAUAAUUAAUUAA